CAACGGUCAACUCCGUCAGUUGGGAUAAAACCGUUGCACGUGAGACAUGUGAGAUUCGAUUUCGUUUAAAAACAGCAAUCCCGAGAAAAAAAAGAAGUCCCACAGAGACAUGCCUCGAUUAGUGUUGCACCUGGUUCUGACGGUGGUGGCCGGAACGGUACUGGCCCUCGACCAGGACCAGCAGCAGGACGGCGGAAGUGAUGGUAGUGAUGAACUGGCCAGGAUUAUCAACGGCUGUGAGUGGACUAGCAGGCAGAACGUCAUCUCGGAGAUACUGCUCGAGCGGUACCGGAAGUACGUGCUGGACCGAUUUCUGCUGCUGGACGACGUGUGCGCGGUGUACGAGUGGAAUAAAAACCUCAAACAGCAGCCGCCGGAGGAUUUUGACGGGGCGGAGAACGCCGUUGGGGAUGGGAAAAAUAACAACGACUUCCACAAUACCCAAGAACAUGUCCAAAAUGACGAUGAAGACGACGAUGACCAAUCGCCUCAAAAAUCCCCGUCCAACUCAACGUGCAGCAAGAGUGCCAAGGACGCUUUCAACUGUCUGACGCACCAGUUGGGCGAUCCCACGAUGAACGCCAUCAUCCUGGACAAUCUGGAACUGAUCUGCGAUCCACGGUACUCCUCGUCCAGCACUUCCGGUGCCCAAAAACGCAGCAAAUACGUUUCGAAGCAAAAGUUCUUCUCCUGGGGCGGAAAGCGCAACAACGUGUUCUACCCGUGGGGUGGCAAACGGGUCUCCGGACGGGUCCACCGGCAGCCCAAGAUUGUCAUCCGGAAUCCGUUCCACUCGUGGGGUGGAAAACGCAGCUCCGGCGAUGUGCAGGACUUUUAAGUCCGAUGUGAUUGCGGUUAGAGAGAGUCCGUCGCGUUCCCUUCGGGGAAGUGUGGCCGAAGCCCGUUGAGUCUAUUUCCUUGCAAUAAAUACCCAAACAUCAGUUGUCAGUGCAUGUUCCAGUUUCAUUCAUAGGCGUACAAUGUAUAAUAAACGAGCAUAUUAAGCCCCCACCAAGGGUUGA